AUGCGAUACCGUCUUCUUGAAUACUAUGCUUCAUGCGACCAAGAUAUUAACAAGGGCUGUCAUAUAGGCUCUGCAGCCUGUGUUCAUUGUCAUCGGCGUAAAGUCCGAUGCGACGCCCGCAUCGUCGGCCUACCAUGCUCCAAUUGCCGCUCCACGGGCAAAACCGAUUGCCGUAUCCAUGAGAAGAAAAAAAGGCUGGCUGUACGCUCGAUCCUGGAUCCUGUUCCCAUUCGUUGUCGUCCUCCUGCUCCAGAUCCUGCACCGAAACCUACAGCGUCCACUCCUAUCGUACAGCCGACAGCCUUCGCGACUACUUUCCGCGGGAUCCAACCCGGCGCAACUACCCCUGGCGCAAGCGAUGCCGUUACCAACAACAGCAAUGGCUCCCACAUCCAUGACGCCUCGUCGAAUUCAAAUGGCCAAGUGUACAAUCGCCAGUCGGCUGGCGAUUCAUCGCUUGAGCGUGACUCCCAUAAAGAUUUGGAAACACGACUGGUAAAGCUCAUUGAUGAGGAAGAGUCAGGCAGUCGGGAGAUCCAACGGGGUGUCCGCGCAAUCUACGUCGGUCAUGAACUGUCGAACAUGUCAUUUCUAAUCCGCCAGCAACGAGACAAAGAUGACGGCGUAUACCAUUUCGCCGGGAACGAAAUCCCCAGACGGCAGUUGAAGACUGGACAUGACCAACUUCUCAUCGAUGCCCUCACCUUGCCAGAACCAGCGCUCGCUGAUGAGCUGGUGGAGGCAUAUUUCACCCACGUAAAUCCAGGGUACCCUAUCAUCGAAGAGGAUUUGUUCAUGACUCAAUAUCGCAGCCGUGACCCUGCCGAUCCCCCACCUAUCUUGCUCCUUCAGGCCAUUCUGCUAGUUGGGACUCAUGUCACACGUGCUAGGGCGGAUCGGGAUGCAUUGAAGGAGAUCUUCUUUCGACGUGCAAAGUGGCUAAUUGAUAAUCGAAUUGAGCGCAAUCGCGACAUCAUGGUCCAGGCCGCUCUUCUGCUGACUUGGCAUUCGGACAGCGCCGAUGAUGAUGUGGCCGCAAACGCUCAUUACUGGGUUGGAGUGGCUGCGAGAAUUGCUACGGGCCUCGGUAUGCACCGGAAUCCCGUACAAAGCAGAUUUGUACCUCGCGAUCAUCGGAUGUGGAGGCGACUAUGGUACAUCCUGGUCCAAUUCGAUGUCAUGACCUCCUUAUCCCACGGUCGACCACAGGCUAUUAACCUUGAAGAUUCCGAUGUCUCUCCGCUAACGCAUUCCGACUUUGAAGGAUGUGGUUCACGAGUGCAGUCGGACUAUGUGAUCCAUUUUUCCGAGCUCUGCACAAUGAUUUCAUAUAUAGUCAGGGAGCGGUUUGGGCUACGAGUCAGCGCCGAGCGUCGGAAGGCAGUGUUACAAGAAGCCGACGAAUCCCUCGCCAACUGGUCUCUAAAACUGCCUGAUAAUCUGCGCCUCCGGGCAUCGGAUAUGGACCCUUGGUCCGCCAUGCUCCACUUGACAUAUAAUAAUUUCCUCAUUCUCCUCCAUCGGCCGCAUCCACGGGCGUCCGCAUACUCGGAUGACUACGGGCCACAUGAUGCAGAAAUCUGCAGUGCCGCCGCGGGAGUCAUCGCGUCCAUUUUUGAAGAACUCCGCCUCAACGACCGCCUGAAGUAUUUGUGGUAUUCGGGCGUCCAUACAUUGUUCACCGCGAUGAUUCAAGUCCGGGUCGAGCUACGGUUCUCCAACCCUGUGCUCGCGAUCAACGCGCUCCGCCGAUUCGACUCGGCGUCCUAUUCCCUCCGCGAGCUGGCGGAGUACUGGUCCCAUGCAAGUACCAUCCUCCGACUUUUCGAGGACUCUAAGCGGCUUCAGGAAGAUCUCCGAUUAGCCACAAGUGAACGACCCCGACGCUUCAGCAAUAACCACAACUCUCAUGACGGGAACAAAAACGCCUCCAACACCUCCACGCAUAAUUCCUCCAAUUCAGAUACCCCCAUGCAAUCCUCCCAGAUGCCUUUCGAGGUUCCGACUCCCGAAUCUCCACACCUUCCCCAGACUCAGGCCACUGUGAGCCCGCACCAACAGCAGCCGUUCGACAACUGGAUCCCGUCGACCAACUGGGCGUCCAUGGAUCCGAUGGACCAUCCCCGCGAGUUCUUAGACUGGCGCCAGCUGUUUUCUUUCACGGAUCCGGACCAACCUGUUCCGAUGGCCAUUGAGGGGCUUCCUGAAUUGGAAGACGAAUGGCGGCAGAUUUACUGGCAGGAAACCCCGAUGUCGGAUCUCCUCCAAGAAGGGGGAUGGAUGCAUGGUUGA